GCGCAUGCGCACAGACAGAGCCUCGGCGCUAACCAGAUAGCUUCUCGCUGCGUACAGUUUGGUUUAACCUGAUCCUCCCUGACGUUUGUAAACAGAUAUCAACCGUGAGUUGUGCCGAGUGGGGUUAAAGAAAACCUGGUGUGAAGGAAUAUGCCCAAAAAUAAAGGUAAAGGAGGAAAGAAUCGGCGACGUGGAAAGAACGAGAAUGAGUCUGAGAAGAGGGAGCUGGUGUUCAAAGAGGACGGCCAAGAGUACGCUCAGGUGAUUAAGAUGUUGGGGAACGGCCGUCUGGAGGCCAUGUGCUUCGACGGAACCAAGCGGCUGUGCCACAUCAGAGGAAAGCUCCGGAAAAAGGUCUGGAUAAACACAUCAGACAUCAUCCUGGUGGGCCUCAGGGAUUACCAGGAUAACAAAGCUGACGUGAUCCUGAAGUACAACGCAGACGAAGCUCGCGCUUUGAAAGCUUACGGAGAGCUUCCAGAACACGCUAAAAUCAACGAGACGGACACCUUCGGACCCGGAGACGACGACGAGAUCCAGUUCGAUGACAUCGGUGACGAUGAUGAGGAUAUUGAUGAUAUCUAAAGAGCUGCGGCUGAAGGGGGAAGGCAGGAUUUUACUACAGAUGCUCCCAUUUGGGAUGCUUUGAGCCGAAUCCUCUGAAUCUAUCAUUUUGUUUUUUAUAAUUAAUAUUAAAGAUGCACCUGUGGCAGUCCAAACCCAGUUUAUUGAUGUUCUAUUUGGUUAUUCCAGUCUGCGUACCAUGGAUAGUUGUGCUUUUCUGCGAGUGGGCUGCAUCUGUGUUUGGGUCCUGGUUCUGAGCGAGGAGGAGACCCUGCAGCAGGACAACCUUCAUUGAGGACCUGACGCUCACAGCUUCACACCUCGGCUUAAACGUCUCCACCUUUCUUCUUUCUGGGUUUUGUAGACAUGAUCUCUCCAAACAUGCCUACGUUUUAGAAAAAUGUAUUUAUGAUUGACUUCACACCAUGUGGGAUGUAGAAAGUGAACCGGCUCUCUUGGUUCCUCAGUUUACCUCUGAAGGGUUGUUUCCUGAUGGAUGAAGAACACUGGAAGUUCUGGGCUUUAUAUGAACUGCUUGCUUUGGACUGAACCAUGGCCCGAUGAAGCCGACCCCUCUUCAAACCAACUUUUUUGUCGUUUCCCUUUUUUUUGUUUGUUUUUUUUUUUUUUUUUUUUCUGUUUUAUAACCCGGCUCGCUCUGCAGUUUCCUCGCGGUUAAACUCGGCCUGAUGGCGCGUUCCCUCAGUAGACGUUCCCACUCCACACAGACGCAAGAACCUCGUAUCAGAGCUACCUUUUACACAUCUCUAUAAGAAUCAGAUUAUAUCUAAACAUAUUGCAGAUUAUUUUUAUUUCCCUGUGGAGCUGAGUAGGUUUCCAUCUUCACUUUGGGAUCCUCUGCUCUGUCCAACUAAUGGAUUAUGGAUGUUGUUGGUCUGACUCGACGGAGAUGUGCUGUGAUGUUUGAUGGCUGGGUUUCCAAUAAAGAUCUUAACUCCUCUCA